CAAUCCAGAUUUAUCUCGACUGAAAUUAAAGAUGCUAUAGACAAGGCUGUGGCCAGCUCACCUGUAGUAUUGUUUAUGAAGGGUACACCUGAGUUCCCACAAUGUGGUUUCUCUAGAGCUACUAUACAGAUGUUAGGUCAACAGGGUGUUGAUCCUGAGAAGUUUGCUGCCUACAAUGUUUUGGAAGAUCCAGAAUUAAGAGAUGGAAUCAAGGAAUACAGCUCAUGGCCCACCAUUCCACAAUUGUAUGUGAACAAGGAGUUUGUUGGAGGUUGUGAUAUUGUCAUGAGCAUGGCACAGAGUGGAGAAUUGGCUGAAUUAUUAGAAGCCAACGAUGCUUUGGUUCCUGAGGAUGUCGAAGAAGAACCGCAAGCUGCCAACGUCAAGCCAUCUGAAAGAUCAUAG